GAAAAAAAUUGAAAAAUUUCGGAUAUAUCAAUCCCAUAUUAGGUGCCGGAGCCGAUCUUAAAGUAUAAAUUUUGAGGACAGGAAAAAAAAAAAUUCUAUACGAGGUAAACGAGCAUAUAGUUUGUACUUCUAUAAUCGAAAUCCACUUCUUACUCUUUGUCAUAUUUUACUUGCAAUUUGCAUGGGCCAACCUGGUGACUUCUGAUGGAGAGAGAGUGAAAAUUACUAGAUAUAUUCCCCCGAGACACCGUUCAACCUUCGUCAAAGUAAUAAUAUAAACAUAACAAAUCAUUGAAAUUCAACAUAUUCAUAUGAGUCGCGGUAACGAUAAAGAUAAAGUAAUGCCAUCAAAGGUCACUAAUAGCAACGGGAAAAGAAAGUUCCACCUGAAGUCAAGAAAUGGAUGUCUGACAUGUAAGCGUCGUAGAAUUAAGUGCGACGAAACAAAGCCUAUUUGUGUUAAAUGUCAACAUAUGGGUUUAGUAUGUGGUUACACAUUAGAACAACAAAGCACCCCACCAUCUCCACCUUUAGCAUCUGAUUUAUCUACAGAAUUAAAGCCAAACUUGUUGGAGAGUUUAGUGAAUGGUAUACCAUCGGCAGAUGUUGAUGGGAGCCCUUUAAAUACGAAAAAACGUAAAACAAGUUCAGUUUCUUCUGGGUCUGAAUCAAUAGCUUCACUAAACCAUCCUUCAGCCACUGGUAAUACUUCAAACAUGCAAAUGGAUCUGUUAUUGCCACCAGAACAACAUCAAGCUACCGCGCAACAGGUGACACCUAAUAUCACACCAACACAUAGCCAUACUCAAACAAAUCCCACGUCAAGCUCAAGGGCUCAGAUGAUGGCAUCAUUACUCAAUGCUGGAAGUCUUCACAAUAUUAACUUAAGUCAACUUGUAAAUAAUCUCAGUGGAUUAGGUGAUCUUAGUUCACUUGGGAAUUUGGCCAAUCUUUCGAGUUUGGCCACUUUGGCCCACCUUCCUAUAGAUUUAUCUAAUAUUGGCUCUUUACUUGAUUUACAAAAUGGUACUGAUGCAGGUCUUGGAUCUGCAGCAAAUGCAUUCUUAAAAGCCAGCAAACAGCAUUCACAAGCUCAAGAUAACCAAUCUGAACAAAUACCAAUGAUGGGUAAAAUGAAGCAAUCACAAGAUCAACAGAAGCAGCAGCAGCAACAACAACAGCAACAACAGCAGCAGCAACAACAACCAGGCCAACAACAGGCUCAACAUUCACAAGAUCAAUCACAACAUCUCCACCAGCAAAUGAACCAAAAUAACGUUCAAACAAAUAAUUUGCAUCAAGAUGAAAAGCUUCAAGAAAAUAAAGAAAAGGGAAAUUCUGUACCAAAUAUAUCCCCUAAUGGUAGUCAAAGUAUGCCAAUGAAUAAUGGUAUGGGUACACCAUAUGGAAACCCAUUAAGCGGAAUUGAUGGAAGUAAUGCUUCGAGUUUGAAUAUGUUAGAUUUGAAGCUUAUGUUUCAUUAUACUUCUCAAGUAUCCUCCACAAUCACAGGAGCGGGGAUAUCCGAUACAAAUAUUUGGAAUUAUGAUAUCCCAAUGUUGGCUUUUAAUUAUCCAUUCCUUAUGCAUUCAAUCUUAGCCUUUAGUGCUACUCAUUUAUCACGAACAGAAAAGGGGUUAGACCAAUGUGUCACUUGUCAUCGGGGUGAUGCAUUAAGAUUAUUAAGAGAAGCUGUAUUAAAUAUCAAUGCUGAUAAUACUGACGCUCUAGUUGCCAGUGCACUUAUUCUCAUUAUGGAUUCCUUAGCAAAUGCUUCAUUCCCAUCAUCAACCUCACCAAAAUCUCUUCCUGCUUCAGCAUGGAUUUUCCACGUUAAAGGAGCUGCUACUAUUUUAACAGCAGUUUGGCCAUUGACUGAAUCUUCAAGAUUUUAUGAAUUUAUUUCAGUUGAUUUAAGUGAUUUAGGAGAUAUUAUGAAUCUGAAAGUUGAUUUAAAUACUGAAAAGAACAAAUUAUUUGCAGAUUUAAUUUGUCAUGAUUCAGAUAUUGCAGACUUAUUCCCAGUUGAAAUUACUUCACCAUAUUUAAUCACAUUGGCAUAUCUUAAUAAGUUGCAUAAAGAAAGAUACAAGAGUGACUUUAUCCUUAGAAUAUUUGCUUUCCCUGCGCUUUUAGAUAAGGCAUUCCUCUCAUUACUUAUGACUGGUGAUAUCAAGGCUAUGAGAAUCAUGAGAUCUUAUUACAAAUUACUUCGUUCUUUUACUACAGAGAUGAAGGAUAAAGUGUGGUUUUUAGAAGGAGUUCUGAAUGUAUUACCAGUGGAUGUUGAAGAAUAUGCUGGAGGAGCUGGAGGUAUGCAUAUGAUGCUUGAUUUUUUGGGAGGUGGACCUGCCAUUAUUGAGAAUGAAAUUGACGAAGAAAUGAUCAAAUUUGAUCCUACAGGAGUACUUGCUACAAAAUUGUCUGAUCCAGACAAUCUCCCCAGUGAUAUCACAAGUAAUUUAGAUGUGAUGGGUGAUAGUGGGUUUAUGAAUAUGAAGGGAGAUAUUGAGUAAAUCUCAAACUUCCAAAGAAUAUGACUUAAUAAAAAUUAAUAUAAAAUACACAUAUGGACAUAAAGAAUAACGAAAAUAAGCCUCAG